AUGGAUACGAGUACGACUACCUCAGGUCAAGACGACGACGCAGACUGGGCCCGAAAUUCUACUAUUGAAGAACUAUACUUAGGCCAUAAUUCGACACAUGAAGUUUUUGACACAUUAUACGACGUACCCACGGGUAUGAUAGUCUUAUUGUCAUUCCUCUACGGCUCCAUAUCGGUGCUGGCUGUGAUAGGAAACUUUUUGGUUAUGUGGGUAGUUGCCACAUCUCGCCGCAUGCAAAGCGUCACUAAUUGUUAUAUAGCUAAUUUGGCUCUAGCCGACAUCGUUAUAGGAUUAUUCGCAAUACCAUUCCAAUUCCAAGCAGCGCUACUGCAACGAUGGUUACUCCCACACUUUAUGUGUGCCUUCUGUCCGUUUGUGCAAGCUCUUAGUGUAAACGUGAGCGUUUUCACUUUGACCGCGAUUGCUGUUGACAGACACCGAGCGAUUAUAACCCCUCUCAGUGCUCAUACGUCAAAGCGCGUGGCCAAAGUAAUUAUAGUCUUUAUAUGGAUACUGGCGUUAUCUCUGGCAGCUCCAAUGGCGAUGUCUUGGGAAGUUGUCAUGGAGGAAGAAAGGGAUCCAGUGUCAAAAGUAUCCUACGAAAAACCCUUUUGUACAGCAAGUGAUUUUGGAGCGCAUUCAUUAGCAAUUUAUCGCCUUAUGCUAUAUAUAUUCCAAUAUGUUAUCCCACUAUGCGUGAUUACAUUUGCAUAUGCACACAUGGCCAUGAAGCUGUGGGGAGCACGAGCCCCAGGUAACGCCCAAGAGACGAGGGAUGCCAAUCAUAUGAAGAAUAAGAAAAGGGUAAUAAAGAUGUUGGUCCUCGUAGUAGCAUUGUUUGCGAUAUGCUGGCUUCCUUUACAAAGCUACUUUUUGCUGCAAACAUUGUUCCCUUCGAUAAACGAGUACAGAUACAUAAACAUUAUCUUCUUCUGCUUCGAUUGGUUGGCGAUGAGUAAUUCUUGCUACAAUCCGUUUAUAUACGCUAUUUAUAAUGAAAAGUUCAAGAAGGAAUUCAAACAGCGUUUCACAUUUGGCCACAAGAGGAAUCGAUUGAAUAACGACAGCUAUGAUGACGGCCAGUCGUACAGAACGCGAGUUUUAUCAAUUCGUUCGACAAACGAGAGAAGCGUUUACUCCACAAGAAAAUCACUGAAUGCACCGCCGGCUGAAUCAAUACGGGUGCUACGGAAUUCUUGCCACUGCUCGAGGAACGGAAAUAAAGACACGAAUAUCGAAAACCAUUAUCGUUUGAAGGCAAACAGUGAGUUUGAUUCGUACAGAAACGGGAGCAGGUACCUAACUCGCGCACCGAACAAGAGUUCAAGGAGGAUUCCCCACGACGAAAGCCCGACAGAAGAAGAGAGAGUCAGCGAAUUAUACAUAUUUCCAAAUAGCAAUAUAGUUGAGUUUACGGACAUUCUAUGUGAUAAUAAAGUGUAA